AGGAAUCCCCUCUGGGUCUGAACAGAUUCAUACCGAGAAACACUUCUUGAAUUUCCCCUCUUUUUUUUUGCUCAGGAAUUAUUUAGUACGGAGGAACUGCUCCUUCUUGUUUCUGCCUUGUUUUUCCGUGUUCCUCUGGUUGGGAUUUUCUCCGGUUCUUCCUCGUUUGCUUGUGGGGGCGAGAAGAAGAGAGGGGCAUGGGAAAGGAAGGGCCUUGCCGUCAUUGCGGAGUCACAAGCACUCCACUUUGGCGAAAUGGGCCACCAAAUAAGCCAGUGCUCUGCAAUGCAUGUGGCUCGAGAUGGAGAACAAAGGGUUCAUUGGAGAAUUACACACCAAUGCAUUCUCGUGACGAUAUUGAUGCUGAACAACCUAGAGUUAGCAAGCUGAAGCCUCCGACAUCGAGGCUGGCGGAACAUAAGCAACUAAAGAAAAAGCCAAACCACAGCAUAAGGGAGAAUGAACCAUAUUCUGAUCAAAACUUCUGGAAGAUGGCGGAUACUGGCCCAAGCCGAUCUAGUUCUGGAUCAGCAGUAUCAUAUUCAGAGAGUUUUGCGCCAUAUGGGUCUGCUGAUGCAAGUGAAAUGGCUGGUUCAGCGCAAUCUCAUGCUUGGGAGUCACUGGUACCAUCAAAAAAGAGAAGUUGUGUCACUCGGCCUAAGCCUUCACAGGUGGAAAAGCUUGCCAAGGAUCUUAACUCCAUAAUGCAUGAAGAGCAGUUAUAUUAUUUUUCUGGAUCCUCAGAGGAAGAUCUACUUUACCAUAGUGAAACUCCUGUGGGCUCCUUUGAGAUUGGAUAUGGAAGUGUGCUUCUUAGAAAUUCAAACUCAAAAUCAGUGGAGGAAGAUUGGGAAGCAAACUCUGUUCCUGCAGAUAAUAAGUCAUACCUUACAAGUGAAUCGUAUUCAGAGACUGCCUCGUUUGUUGUACAUAGUGGAAGCAAGGGAGCAAGCAAUUCAAAUGCUGGGCCUGAGAAGGCAAAGUCGUUUCCCGUGCAGACACAGCCGGAAAAGGCUAGAAGGGAUAAAUUUCAUUAUUCAAAGCAAGAGACCUUGGAAAAUGUAGAUUCGGCUUUAGUUUCAGUAGCUUUAGAGGGAAACGACACUAACGAAGCAGGUGGAAAUGAAAAUACCAGUACUUUGUAUGGCCUUACAAAGUGCACUAUGAAGCAUCUCAAAAGACCUCAUGAAAGCCAGUUGCAAAGCUUCCCAGAAGGAACCAUGAGGGGUCCAAAAAGAGUUUCUAGAUAUGGGGCUAUGGCUCCUCAGUUCAAAGGUUCAGUUUUGCCCAAAUCUGGAGGAGCGGCAUUGAACUUAUUCAUGCUACCUCCAGAUAAAUUAUCCAUGCUGCCCCCUCCUCAGUACAUGGAUGAUGAUUGUGAUCAAGACUUGCUGCUGGAGGUUCCUCGCAAUGCACGCCAACCAGAGGCAGAACUUCUUUGCCAACCAUUUCAACUUAGCUCAGUAACCCGCAGCUUCACCUCAGAGGACGUGGUCGCUGAUGGAGAGGGGUGUCUCAAGCAACCGUAGUCCCAGUUCGUCUAGCAACCAACUUAGGAACAGGUGUUAGCAGUAGUUUCCCUUAGGUUCCUGGAUCAUUAUGGUACCUUUAUUUACCGAUUACCAAUAGGGCUUUCUGCGGUUUGUUCAUGGUUGCGCUGCCGUCAUCAUCGCCCUGAUUUACAUUGACAAUGCGCAUCGGCCAGCUCAGGCAAAAUUGUCCGUUCAGCUAACGUUUGUGGCGGUGCUUUUGGUUAGGCUUGUUGUGUUGGUUUCUGUAGAAUAUGGCUUUUGGAGAAAAAUUAUACCUCAUAUAAAUGUAUGGUGGGGAAAUGGAAAAGAAAAGGAUACCAUAGAUUUACCAGUCACUUUUA